AUGAAGAACCAGGACAAGGUCAACGGCAUGUUUGAUCCGAAUUCCCCUAUUGUUCUGUACCCUUCGUCACUAAGGCGUCAGAUGAACCAUGAUCUACUGGAGAAACGAGGCCGAGUCUCACGCCACCAAAUUGUUGCCCCGCUAACAGUCACAGAUGCUCCGCGCCGCAAUAUACAAAAGCACGCAAGUGCUGCCGUUGUGGGCUUCAUGCCUCUCAUUAGCCUAAACGGGAAGUGGCUGGGUGGCUUGUGA